AAGUAUCUCAGACGUCAUGCAACCGUUUUCUCCUCGUCAUAUAAAAUGAUUUUCUUUUUAGUUUCAACUUUUAGUUUCUAUUUUUUUCUGAAUUUGUAGCGAACCAAAACAUUUUCGAUAUUUAAAAAUGGUUCGCAUUACACCACUUUCUGAAUCCUUCCAUGCAAAAGAAGGGAGCAAAAAUGAAGGGAAAUCUGAGGAAUCAUAUGUCUCAUUCAAUGCAGAUUGGACAAUGAUGCUUGAACUGAGUCCUGAUGUUUUUCAAACAUUACAGACUAUUUUUCAAAAAAGUUUCGUUCCCAAAUUUCCUUCUAACGAAAGUUUUACUUGGAGAUCUAUGGUAAACCGUAUAUAUAAUAGACCGAAGGGAACAAAAAUUGAGUGGAAUAAGCCUAAACGAAUUUCUUCGUGUGGUCGUAAAACCCUCAUAAAAUGGGUGAAUGAUCAAUUACAGACACAAUUAUUGGAUAUAGGAGAACUUUCUAGCGGAAUUCACUAUUGCUUUUUAUUGGAUAUUUUAGCCCCAAAUAUUAUUCCCAAAAAGAAAAUUAAAUUUGAAAAGAAGGCUGAAGCAUAUGAUUACAAUUUUAAACUUUUGGAAAAAGCAUUUUACGAACUGAAAAUCGACAAACUUAUACCUAAAAAAAUUAAAGAUAAAAAUUUGAAAGAAAUUCUUAUCUUCACAAAUUGGCUUAAAUCUUUCUUUGAGGCGAACUUGAAUGACGACCUCCGCGAAGAGUUUCUCUCAAACAAUCAGGUAUAUUCAUCAAGUAUACUUAGUGAUGCUUAUGAAAGCGAUACCGAUAUGCUAGAAAGACAUGAUUUAGAAAACUCUAAGAGCCAAUCAAAAGCUCAAUCACAAAGUUCUGUCCUGAUACCAUCUUUAAAUAACGCUCUAAUAAAAUAUGGUCACGGGGAUACACCAGAAAUUAAAUGCUUAAAACCUCAAAGUCGUAUCAAGCACGGUUUGGAAACUGAGAAAUGUCAUUCAGCGAUAGACCCCCAAACGACACCCAAUUUCUUGCCACGGUUGAUUAAACCGAAGCGGGUUGGCAUGUACGGAAGAAAAACACUUAUAAACUGGAUCAGGAGAACUCUCGCAGUUGACAUCAACGAUUUAAAUCAGUUGUCUGAUGGUAUUGUUUUUUGUCUUCUAAUGAACCAUUUAGAUCCGAUAGUGCUACCGAGAUACAAGAUUAAAGCCAAAGCAGAUGCAUCAGGUUUCCUACAAAAUUAUCGUCUGCUCCAAGCCGCCUUCAUCCACCACAAAAUAGAUAAAGUUAUCCGAGUUAAUAAACUGAUUGCGUGUAACAUGAAGGAAAUUUUGAUGUUUACAAAUUGGUUAAAGGCUUUUCUAGAAUACAAUUUAGAUCGAAACGAAUUUAAAUCGUCGGAUUCAACAGAAGAUCGUUGAUCUUCUACAGAAAAUGUUUAUUUCGAAGAAUUUAUAAAAAGUUCGCAACAGCAAGAA